UCACUUGUCUGGAAGAUCUUUUUAACGGCAGUGCUACCCAACAAUCCCAAAUGCGAUUCCCGAAAACAACUAUUCUGAUCCUCGUGUACAGUCUCCAGCUCUUCAAUGUCACCAUCGAGCCUUCAAUCGAACUUUGGAUCUCAGAUAGGAGUACAGCAAACUGGAAGCCAGCUUUUGCUGCGUAUGAGAUCCGAAAGCCCACCAUCACGUUUGGCAAACUGCCCAUCUUAUCUCAUCAACCGCCAUGGCCUCAAACUCUCCACAAGAAACUCCCCGAAAAAACUAUGGUAGAAAAAAAAGCCAACCCAAUGUUGUUGGCAGUCAAACCACCCCUUCUUCGCCCCCAAAUGCUCACCUGAGUCACCUCCUAUGUCCAAUCAACCUCUUGCAAUCCCCAGUAGCCCGGAUUUUCAAUUGCCACUCGAUUUGUGCGUCCACGUCGAUAUAAGCGAGCUUGAUCCAACUCCAGGCAGCAGCCCUCCCAGCUUCGUGACCCCAUUGGUGCCUCAUUGAUUUCUCGGGGAUACUUUCUACCGCCCCCGGGGGACCGAGCGCCCCAGGCGGCAUAUAUAAACCCCUCCCCCCUCCUUCUCCUCUCCUCUUCUCUUCUUUCCCCCCAUAAACGUGCCACUACAUCGCACGGCGUAGUGAGCAACUGACUCAGGUUAUGCCAAAACCUGUCGGUCUAAUUUUUGCUGGCGAACAAUGCCUUUACAUACUUUUCAUUGAGUCUCAUAGCUUUUGCUGUGUUCUUGAGGAAGAUGUCGUAUAGAAAUAAGUGAGAUAGUGUGAUGAAUGAGUCACUCCAAGCUGUGUAUUCUUGUGAACUAUGUUGCACAAUGGGACGUGUAUUGAUCAGUGUGGCUGCCUUAAGUUAGAACUGCUGUCAAGCUGCCUUGCUGCAGUACAAAUUGUCUGCUCUUGCAUGUUGAUUGCAAUAAUCGUAUAGCUUCUUCCGUUGCAGAGCUCGCGGAUCUUACUCGGCAGUUGGUUUUCUGGGGGAUAACAGUUCCUGUAGGUGAAUGGUGGAAGCAAACGUGUCAUCGAGGAGUCUAUCUCGACAGUGACUCUACUUUACAACGAUACUCAUAUACUUUGCAGUUGUGUAUCUCCUGCCUUACGCUCAGGAUAUUUAUCCUCGAAUGAUUGGCAUGCAGUCUCAUUUGCGUGUCUCUGUCGCCGCCCACCUCAUUUGCUAUCGAGACGCGUUUGUUUGUAUACCAUGGACCCCACUAAACGACGAGAAUUGCGAAAACAAGUCCACCCCAUCGUCAAGUCGCGCUACCUUGUUUUCUUUGCAGCCAUGAUCUCUCCGUCAUAAUACCAUCUCCAGUGUCACUUCGCCGUCCUCUCCACCAACGCCCUCCCUCUCCCGCUCUACCUCUCCACCGUCGCUCGACGCCGUGCUAAGCACCUCGAACUACGACCGCCCACUGCCCCGCUACGGUUACCUUCAACAUCAAGCCGAGAACCUACGUGUCUUGGCCUCAAUACGAUGACUAGUCGGCAAUUCGUGUGCCCAUCACAUACACAUUAUGACAGAUACUUCGGUCUAGUAAACGGAAGGCCUUCAAGAGGUCGUACAACUGGUCAUACCCGAUGCCGGACGUUCGAUCGCUUUCUAGCCCCGAGGUUCCUUUUGAAUCAGACACGCAAGUUUUCCCUACUCGAUUUCCUGGCUGCGCAACACCGGCACCAGUAUAAUGUGCGAUAAUGAGCAGAAAUAGACAAUAUGAACAGUUCAUCAUGAUUCCAAGAUGCAGCUAUACAUAAGAAUUGACCUAGGUACGACUUCGCAUCAAAUGAACCCAUUAACAUUUGGGUACCUAUGUAUCUGCAGCAUUGAAGACAAGGAUCUUUCAUGAGGAGUGUGUGUGAAUCACUCAUAGGAACGUCAGGAAGUGGUGAAUCCCGGUCGUCUGUAAUUGCUUCGAUGAGGAUGCAUAGAAAAAAAGCCGACGAAGGGCAAUCAAUGAUUAUAU